AUGGUCAAUUCAUGCUCUAUUCUCACUGCGCUUCUCGUCGUCGGGACUGUUGUACUCGCUGUCCCUAUCGUCCCUGAGGGUAUUAUCAGUACUGGGAUGCCUGAAGGCGGUACGAAUGUGUGCGGUUACUUUAUCAUGACAAGCGCUGACUUUUUGAGGUUUUUGCAGCAGUCGGAUUUCAGCCAGGAAGCAGAAGCAUGGAUGCAGAAUCCAGCGAACCCGGUCUCCCAAUCAGAACCAGACGCCAUGAUGUUAUUUCGCGAGAACCCCCAUCUGCUGAAGGCUGGCCUGGCUCACAAUCAUCAAGAAGUUGAAAAAGACGCGGAUUUCCUCAGAAAUUAUCCACUUCCCGAGAAUUACAGACAAUUAAUGGAUGUGUUUAACCGAAUGCACCGUCAACCCAACACUGAUCUUUCGGCUGAGGACAUUGAAUACCUCCCAAAACUUAUCCGGAAAAUGGGCGAUAUACACACACUCAUCGUUACUUACAUACAGGGAAAUGGUCCGAGUGGGACUACCGCUAAAAAUCUUGCAGAAAUUCGUGAAGGUUUUGAGAAGGGGGAAGAUUUAGAUAAGCUCAUGAAACUUACAAAAUCUUAG